AUACAUUCCAGAUGGAAAUGGUGGAUUCCCCAAGGAGAAAUUUGUCAUUUUGUGAAAAAACCAGACGCUGUUUUAGUAAUUUCAGUUUCUUUCGAGUUUCUUCCUAAUCUCAAAUCAUCACUGCUACCCCAAAGCUGCGCGCAAACGCACUUCCAUCAAUGGCGGCUCCUUUUACAAUACUGCCCAAUGUAGGUUCCCUGCCAGGUUCUCGAAACGCAUCCCAGUUUAAAGCGCUAAGCUUCGCUUGCAGUACACUGAAGCUUCCUCGAAGGAUUAAUGUUUCGCCGUCUUCAUCCAGCUUGUUCUUCUCGGGCUUGUUGCUUCUCUUUCCUCUUACUCUAUCUUCUUCUUCUUCUCAGAGGAAAACCCACCUUCUUAGCACAAUUCGAGCUAUUGCUGAGGCAGCAGAUCUACAGUCGAAGGUGACCAACAAAGUUUAUUUUGAUAUAAGCAUUGGGAAUCCUGUGGGGAAGCUUGCCGGAAGGAUUGUAAUUGGAUUAUAUGGUGAUGAUGUGCCCCAAACAGCAGAGAAUUUCCGUGCUUUAUGCACAGGUGAGAAGGGCUUUGGCUACAAAGGUUCUGCAUUUCAUCGUGUCAUCAAAGAUUUCAUGAUUCAAGGAGGGGACUUUGAUAAAGGAAAUGGAACUGGAGGUAAAAGCAUAUAUGGUCGUACAUUUAAAGAUGAAAACUUCAAAUUGGCACACAUUGGACCAGGAGUAGUCAGUAUGGCAAAUGCAGGUCCCAACACCAAUGGAAGUCAGUUCUUUAUUUGCACUGUCAAGACCCCAUGGCUGGAUCAGCGGCAUGUUGUUUUUGGACAAGUUUUAGAAGGCAUGGACAUUGUGAAGUUGAUAGAGUCACAAGAGACGGACAGAGGAGACCGUCCCAGAAAGAGGGUGGUGAUCAGUGACUGCGGUGAACUUCCGAUGUCUGCGGCAUGACAUUCAAGCUGUCCAUUUUCUUCAUUUACAAACUUCAAAUUAGUCUACCCCUUUCAAAGUAUUCUUGUUUGAUGACAUUGUAAUUGGUGGAAAAUAUUGAACAAGGAAAUUUUGUCCUCAGGAUUUUGUUUUAUCAUUUUAUGACACGGUUAUUGAGAUGUUUAUCAUUUGGUAUAUGAUUGAAUUGUGUUGCA